CAUUUCCUGUACUGGUUCUUUAAAACUUGUUUCAUGCUUGAAGGUAAUGUCACUCAAAGGCACAACAGCAACCCUGCACUCAGCUAGUGGUCAGAUAUGGCGGCUGAUAUGGUGUAUUCCGAACUGACCCUUCCUCUUGGACAUCCACCUCAAGGCAACCAGCAGCCUCCAGACAAGCGAUGCAGAUGCCUGCCAUUGUCAGCUGCUAUUUUCUUUCCCGUGUGCCUCCUGUUUGCGGCAAGCAUCGCCAUUGCUGUUAUGGCACUGAGGAUACGAUCCUGCCCUGAGUGGUGGCUGCUGUACAAAGAGAACUGCUACUACUUUUCAACAAAUAAAAGCAUGUGGAACACAAGUAGGGAGGACUGCAGAUCACGGGGGGCUCAUCUCAUCAUAGUGGAAGACCAACAGGAGUUGGAUCUUCUCCGUCAGCAAUCUAGAGUCCAUUUAACUUUUUGGAUUGGACUGAGGAAAAGGGAAAACUGGAUGUGGAAUAGUGGAGAGGCUUUCAAUACCAGUAGGUUCAUUUCUGAUUCAACAGAUCAAGGAGACUGCGACUGUCUGACUCAGAAGGGAAUGACAAAACUCAACUGUAGUAUGAUUCAUCACUGGAUCUGCGAGAUGACAGCCACUCAUUUAUGAAAGACAAACACUGGACACAAGACCCUUAAUGCUGUCCUCAUCACGCAGACCUGUUACCACAAAAAAAAGAUAUUGCAAAACAAGAAAAGAAGGGUGUGUGGGAGAAAAAAAAAGCUGUUUGCAGUGGAUCUGCCUAUAAAAGUGUUGGUGUAAGUAAACACACAAGUGUACUGCGGAAAGUGUGCUGCAGAUUCUGUAUAAAGAAGUGUUACGUGGAAUUCUGGGGAGGUAUGUAGAACACAUUGCUUUUGUCACUUUUAUGAAUUUGAGGGAUGAGUGUGCAGACAGUAGGUGCUGGGUGACCACUUUGUUAGGCCUGCUUAGAGAGGGCACCCGAAAAAAUUAACAAUAAAUCAAAUCGGCAAACUUAAACAAGUUGCACAGUUCAGUCGCAGAAGGGGUAAGACUAAAAGAUUUAGCAGCCCAAGUGCUUUCACAUUAUUAUAUGUAUUUAUUAUAUUAAGAAUGUAUUCUCACAGGAACGUCUUCUUUAUGUGCCAUCACAGCAGCUGUUUGUUAGCCUUGGCAAUGUGGACAUCUGUAACUAAGGUGGAUGGCCUCCCUGAACGCUCUUCGUCAUUCACUUGUGUGUUGCUGACUACAAAGUGCUUCCACUACUGAAAUGCAGCAGCACAGCUAAUCGUUUCAUCAUCGUAUGCCUGCUGUAACAUUUCCAGAGUUUCAUUACUGCUCUUCCCAAACUUAACAGAAAAUUCAACCACACACCUUUUCUGUACUCUCACAGGAAUGUUCUCUUUAUCUGCCAUAACAGCAACAGUUCAUUAGCCUUGGCAAUGCUGACAUUCAUGACCGCGGUGGUUGGCCUCACCGAACGCUCUUCGUCAUUCACUCACGUGUUGCCGACC